GAAAGAUAUGAUAAAGAAAUUUUCAUUUUCAUUACACACACACCUACCCAAUUAAAUUUUAUAUAAACAGUAGCCUUCUUCUUUGCCCAUGAAAAACAAACAAACCCAAGAAGAAAGAAAAAAAAUGAGUCAACACAACAUCCUGGAAGCUCUUAACGUCCGGGUCGUGGGUACGGGUGAUCGGAUCCUGGUUCUAGCCCAUGGAUUCGGUACGGACCAAUCGGCUUGGCACCUAAUCCUCCCUUACUUCACUCCGACUUACAGAGUCGUCCUCUACGACCUAGUUUGCGCCGGCAGCGUCAAUCCCGACUACUUCGAUUUCAAUCGGUACACGACGCUCGACGCCUACGUCGAUGAUCUCCUCAACAUCAUCGAUUCACUCGGAAUCCAAAAUUGCGCCUACGUAGGUCACUCCGUCUCGGCUAUGAUCGGAAUCAUCGCUUCGAUCCGGCGACCGGAGCUUUUCUCUAAGCUUAUCCUAAUCGGAGCUUCCCCUAGGUUUCUCAACGACGAGGAUUACCACGGCGGAUUCGAGGAAGGAGAAAUUGAGAAGGUUUUCUCAGCUAUGGAGGCUAAUUACGAGGCUUGGGUUCAAGGAUUCGCGCCGUUAGCCGUCGGAGCUGAUGUUCCGGCGGCGGUUAGAGAAUUUAGCCGGACUUUGUUCAAUAUGCGUCCGGAUAUCUCUCUGUUCGUAUCCAGGACGGUUUUCAACAGCGAUCUGAGAGGCGUGCUUGGGUUAGUGAGAGUGCCUUCGUGUGUGAUUCAGACGGCGAAGGAUGUCUCGGUUCCGGCUUCGGUGGCGGAGUAUCUCCGUGCUCAUCUCGGAGGAGAUACCAAAGUGGAGACGCUCAAAACUGAAGGACAUUUGCCGCAUCUUAGUGCUCCGGCGCAGCUCGCUCAGUUUCUCCGGCGAGCACUUCCUCGGUGAUUUUUGUUUUUGCUUUGAAUAUUGUUUUUUUUUUUGGUUUAGAAGGAAAAAAGAAAGAAACAAUUGGAAGAAUAUGGAACUUGUGGGUUUUGGUGGGGUCUACGUGGGGAAAUGAAGGGCCUCUAUUUGUGGAGGACAGUUUGGCAUUGUCAAAUCUAGAGAGAUAAGAUUGUUCACUUGACACGUGACAAACGCAUUUUUUACUUCACUUUUCUUUUGCUA